CGGUCUGCGUCUAACAGAGCUGCUUCUUCUGAUCUGUUCACAUUUGACACGGGUGUGCUUGGAAGUUCCUCAUCAGAUCCUCGACGCAGACGCAUCCUUCAUAGAGGAGUUCUUCGAGAUCGGAAUUUUUAACGGAAGCUGCUGGCGUGAAAAUAAUCAUGACCGCAGCACCGACUCCUCGAGACAACGAGGUUUUCGCCAACUAUUCGCCGAGAGAGCGGGUAAUCCUCCCCAACAUUUUUGACAAGGAAAAGGAGAGGAAGUCCUGCGGAUUUCACCUCACAAGGUCAAAGUGGGAUCCUUAUCCGUGGGUAGGUUUCGUGGAGCCAGACAGCAUUGCACAUAUCGCCGGCCUGCGGGCCGGUGACUGUUUGCUCGAAGUUUGCGGGCAGGACGUGGUGGGACUCCGCGUCAAGGAUAUAGCCACCUUGAUUCAAAACCGUGCGAAGCAGGCCGUCGACCUCGAGAUAUGGCGGAGCACCGACGCGGACUACAGCGUCGAAGAGGCGGCCGAUGACGGACUUGGAAACGGCGUCGCCCUUCAGGGCCCACUUCCCGAGGUUGCCCGAAAACUAGCCAAUGCUGUUUCGGGCGUCGUCCGAGCUCUCGAGUGUCCGAUUUGCCUCGAGAGCGCCGCUUCCCCGGUAUCCCAGUGCGUCCACGGGCACAUCCUCUGCGUGAGUUGCAGAUCGCGGACCGAUCGGUGCCCGGUUUGCCGAGUCAGGCUGGGCCAGGGCAGAUGCCUCUUGGCCGACAAGGUCCACGGGACUCUGAGGGAAGCCUUCGCCCUGGGUGAGGCGGAAGUCCGACUGGGGGAAAAGUUAUUCGGCAAGUCGAAUCGUACGAGUGGCGGAUCGAGGGACGUCCGGAACGCGAAUCAACGGGGCGCAGGGGGCAGCCUUGGGACCCGCCACCUCCUGGCCAGGCUCUUCCUCAGCGUCGGAGGCAGCGUCGACAGGCUUACCGACAACAGGGCCGCUUCGGCUGAGAACUUGUCCGUUAUCGUGGGAGCCGAUGACCGGAAGAACGAGAUCGGCGUGUCGCAGAGGCCGGCAGCGAAGCGGCUCGGAGAGCUGACCUCUGGCGAUCGUGCGAAGUCCGCGAGCACCGGGGAGCUCGCCAGUGCCACUGCCGUUCGCGCCCUGAAGAACCAGCCGCCGGAGUUCCCGAGCUGCUCGAACCCCGACGUGACCAACGAGCGAGUAACUCGACGCUCGGGGAGCCUCCUUAGCGUUCCGCAGACACCGACUUGGGGCGGAUCGACCGAGUCAAUUUCGAACACCUUCGUCCGAUGUCCACUAGCGCAAUCCAACGCCUGCACGGAACUCCUCACUCCCGGUUUUCUCCUCGAACAUCUUGGCACUGCCCAUCGGGGCCCCCAGGUUCAUUUUUAUGCUGGUACUGCGACGGUAUCCUUACCAACACCCCUCGGACCCAACGCCAUUUACGUGCUGCAUCACGGGGGCGAGAUUUUCUUCUUUAAGUGCGACGAAGAAGCCGCGUGGAUCGUUACUGCAGUCGGAGGUGCUCGACGUUGGGAUUGGUGUUUGCGAGGAUGGGGAACUGACGGUACCGAAGUGAAAUUACGCCGGAGUGUCGCCACCUUGGAGGAAGACUUUCAUCCCUUGACGGCUCAACAAAUCGCCCCCUUACCCAAGGCACUCGAUAUCAGAACUGUGGAAAUUCAACUCACGGAAUCCCGUUCGGAAGAAGUGGCUCGGAUGUGAACGGGUAACGCUCAAGUCCGGACACUUGAUUAAUUAAUAUGCUGCGUCUCAAGCACCGACUACAAUGUUACUCUAAAGAAAAUUUGUACUGGAAAAAAGUCUUCCUGAACUUGGGCUGUGCGAAUUUUGCAAAUAUACG